AUGUUUCGUCACAUUUCGAAAAUAACGGCUUCAAAAUUCAAAUUCUCAUCUUCAACAAACAAUCAUACAAAUGAAGAUGCUUCAUCUCGAGACAUUGAAUCUUGGCUAAGAGAGGUUCAAAUAGGUUUUGAUGCUCUGUUAGAUGACCAAUUGAUAAUAGCCGAAGACAUUUUCACUUGCAAACAAAAGAAAUUUAGUUGCAGCCAUGCUAAAUCACCAUUUCAUGCCUUUGGAUAUGCUUUCUUGGUCUACACAAAAGCCAUGUUGGCUUUAGAGAGAACGAGGAUAGAUGAAGCCAUUCAAUGCGUAUCCAAAGUUCAAGCAUACUUGAAGCAGAAGUUGAAUAGACAAAAGACAAGAAAUAGCAUGAUAAAGAUGCCAUCCUAUAGAAACAAUAGCUUGUCCGGCUCUUGUUCUGUACCAUUGGAUAUGACAGAUUUAGAUACACAUGAAUUCAAGAAGCAUAUCGAAUUGCUUCAUACUAACUGCAUGCUUAUGUCAGCAACGCUUCAAUUUCUGUUGAAUAGUUGGACAGACACCAUGAAAGCAGCCUACGAUCUUUACAAAUCAUUCAAGUUCUAUGAGCAAUUGUUUGAAUGCAUUCUUCAAUUAAAGUUAUCAGAUCCUGAAGUCAUCUCAAGCCCUGAUAGAACACCUGUUAAAAAGCCAUCAAGAAGGUCAUUGUCUUGUCAUCAUUCAGACCUGACAAAUUGCAAGCAGUUGUACCAAGAUACACUUGAACAUGGCGCUUACUUUGGUAUUGGUCUAUUUAACAUGAUUUUUUCAUUGUUGCCCUUCAAAGUUGGCAAGGUACUCAACAAUCUUGGAUUUCAUUCGUCAAGAUUAACAGCUAUCCGCCUACUAAAAAAGUCACAGAAAAGCGAUACAAUGUAUGGAUCUUUGAGUUCGCUUGUGCUGCUUUCGUUUUAUGCAAACAUCUCCAUCUAUAUUCAGCCACAAAUCAAUCAAUUCUUUCUGUUUCAAGAUGCAAAGUCAAUAUUAAAAGCAAUGAGAUGGAAAUAUCCCAAUGGCAAGAUCUGGCAAUUGAUAGAGGGCAAAUUUGAACUUUUAGAAGGUCAUCAGAACUCAAGUAUUGCAUUUCUUAACAAGGCCAAAAAACCUACAAGGAACUCUAGUCAUGAGGACGAUGAUUCUGUAUUGAGAAAUGCAUCGAUUACAGAAUUUGCACAGUUUCGCUCGUUUGCUAUUUAUGAAAUAGGCUGGGCGUACAUGUAUUCUGGUGAUUAUUUUCAAGCCAUCGAGGUCUUUUUUUGUCUGGAAAGUAUGUGUAACUGGUCACGUAUUUUCUACCAUUAUAUCUCUACUUGUUGCAUGAUUGCUGAAGGUCUUCAUGACAAAGCAGUGCUUGAAGUCAAACAGAUCAUAAACAUGUUUGAACAAAAGCGUAAAUCAUCCAGUCGUAUGUCGAGUAAUGAGCACUAUGCUGAACUCAAGGUACAAUCAUGGCUUGAUGCCUCAAAUAGCCAAGCCAUAUCGCUCAAGGAAACACUGCAACAGAUUAUUAAUCCUGUCUGGGAAUUAGUUUAUCUUUGGAACGGUGCGCGCUAUUGGCAGUGUAACAUCGUGGAUGAGAUUAAACAUCGUUCUCAAUCUUGCAAAGACCCUGUACUAUGUUUGAUUGUAGGCGUAGUCUAUCGUGAUAAGGAUAAGAAUAUAGAAUUAGCCAUGGAAUAUCUGAAUUUAGCAUUGCUUAAGGAUAGCUGGGCAAUGCCUUAUGCCAUGUAUGAAAUAGCAGCUACACAUUGUGCCUUAUUAAAAUCUAAUCAAGACAGCCAUCCUGAAGAAGUAAAAAUCAUUGUGUCGGACUGGAUCCAGUGCAUUGAGAGAUAUUAUGUACAAAAU